AUGACUAAGGCAAAGGAGGCUUUGCUUCCAUCAAUGAUAAAGAAUAAGGCGAAGAGAUCUGAAGUCCAUGCCAAGCUAAAGAACCAAAAGAAAUUGGAGAAGAGGAAGAAGGCAAAGGCACGUGAAGCUGCUGAGAAACGGGCCCUGGAGCUAGGGGAGGAGCCUCCGGCCAAGAAAACUCCCCGCACGAUCGAGAACACUCGUGAAGUCGACGAGACUGUGUGCAUGCCUGAUGAUGAAGAGCUAUUUGCCGGCAAUGAUGCAGAUGAGUUCAGCCCUGUAUUGAAUCAGGAAAUCAUUCCUAAGGUCUUGAUCACUACAGCCCGCUUCAAUUCUACGAGAGGUCCUGCUUUUAUUCAAGAUAUUCUCUCGAUCAUCCCCAAUGCUCAUUACUACAAGAGGGGAACCUAUGACCUCAAAAAGAUUGUAGAGUAUGCAAAACAUAAAGACUUCACGUCGGUCAUAGUUGUCCAUACCAACCGUCGGGAACCAGAUGCUCUUUUAGUUAUUGGGUUGCCCAAUGGCCCUACUGCUCAUUUUAAACUUUCUCGACUUGUUUUGCGGAAGGACAUUAAGAAUCAUGGAAAUCCGACCAAUCAUCAGCCCGAAUUAAUUUUAACUAACUUCACAACACAGUUGGGACAUCGUGUUGGCAGGCUAAUACAAUCACUGUUCCCACAAGACCCUAAUUUUCGUGGUCGGCGUGUUGUUACCUUUCACAAUCAACGUGAUUUCAUAUUUUUCCGCCAUCACAGGUACAUUUUUGAGACAAAGGAAAGCAAAGGGCCCGAAGCAAAAGGUAAAGGCGAAGCCGACAACGUAGCUAAACCUCAAGAGAAAGUUAUUGCCCGUCUUCAGGAAUGUGGCCCUCGCUUUACGCUGAAGCUAAUUAGUCUUCAGCAUGGAACUUUUGAUACAAAAGGAGGUGAAUAUGAAUGGGUGCACAAGCCUGAAAUGGAUACCAGUCGUAGGAGAUUUUUCUUAUGA